AUGGGCGCUGCUGAGUCGUAUUCUUACAGAAAAGCGGCUAAGAGUAGGUCAGAUAACGGGUCUAACUUAAUCAGAACUGCAAAUGAAAGAUUGGCGGCUAGGUCCCUGUCGAAGCUGGUGGUUUCAAUCUUCUCUCCAAAGGCACCCAAUCCGUGUCAAAUCGGUAUAUGCUGUCUUUCAAAUGAAACUCGUGAAUUGGUCUUGACAUCUUUUUCGGACUCCCAAACUUUUGUCAGAGCAGUUCAUAAACUAAGCAUUUUUGAUCCAUCAGAAGUGAUUUUACCACUGACGUGCCUUUAUCCUUCUUUCGACAAAUUGACAAUGAUAAUCCAUUCUAAUUUAAAAGAAGGGGUGAAAGUUAUUGGAACAAAAUCGAAAUACUUCGACAGCGAAGAAGGCGCUAAAUUAAUAAGGGCUUACCAGUCGCCAGAUUCUCCCAUACUUAAUCUUGAAGAUCACAAGCCUACUGUUGCAGCGGCUUGUGCCGUUAUUCAACAUUUCAAACAGUCAAACUUCUUCCCCAAUACUCUCAACAUGUUCAUUGACGUAAAAACGAUCAAAGAAUUGGAAUUAGUUGAAAACUUAGUAGAUCCCAAAAAUGGGACGACCUUAUUCAAGCAGUUGAAUCACUACUGUACUAAGAUGGGCCAACGCCAACUUAAGUUGAGCCUGCUACAACCGUUGACUGAUAUAAAAAGUAUAAAGCUUAGACUAGAAGCGGUAAAUGAACUUAUCGCUCAACAAAAUGCUUCAACUGAAAUACGUUUGAACUUAAAGAAAUAUCAAAAUCUUGAUAACGUAAUAACAAAUUUGAUUCGAGUUCCUAGAAAUAAUGGCGUACAAGUGUCAGAUCAGAGAGUUAACAACAUAAUAUUAAUCAAGUAUACUUUAGAAGAGAUAGAUACUUUGAAGGCUACAUUGGAAGUAAUUGAGAUUUUGCAUCAUAAAGACUUGGUGUCCCUUUAUAAUUUAAUUAAUAUUUACAUAAAUGAAGAUUGCACAUGGGCAUCUAACAUUCUCCAACUUAAAACAGAAAUAAACGGAUUAUUGGACUUGUCGAGAAAACUUUAUACGUCCAUUACCAAAGAAGUUAACCAACAAGUUUCCGACUUAUCAAAAAAGUACGACUUAAGUCUCGAUUUCAGAUAUGAUCAAAAUCGUGGAUUCUAUAUACGACUUAAGAACCCGCCUUCUGAAUUACCGGCUGUAUUUAUCAGCAGGAUCAAAAAGAAAAAUAUACUUGAAUUUACUACAAUUGAAAUUUUGAAACAAACUUCUCGAUUCAAUGAUGUUAUAACGGAAAUUACUUUAUUGUCUAAUGAAACUAUCGAGAAAUUAAACGGAGAAUUGGAUGAGUAUAUACCAGUUUUAUUUAUGAUAUCUGAAGCAAUCGCAACUCUAGAUUUACUUUGUUGUUUCGCUUAUACUGCUAAGCAAGGAAGACACCCAUUAUUGAUAAACAAGUUGAAGAGCAAUCUUGUUGCAAAUGAUUAUGCAGCUUUAAAAGAAAUAUCAAGAUUUCAGGUGAUUACUGGACCGAAUAUGAGCGGUAAAUCGAUUUAUAUGAAAGGAUUAUGCUAUUUGGUUAUCCUUGCCCAAAUCGGAGCAUUCGUUCCUGCUGAAUAUGCCGUUUUCCCUAUUUUUAAAAACCUACAUGUUAGAAGUGGUACUGAUAAUGUUGAAUUGACCGCAUCUCUGUUUUCCAAAGAAAUGUCAGAUAUUUCACACAUAUUGAAGGAAGAUGGGUUUUCCAUAGCAAUAGCAAUUUCUGAAUACUUAGUCAAGAGCGGAGCUAUGACAUUCAUGUCCACUCACUUUCAUGACCUAUUCGAAAUUUUGAGAGCCAAAUCAUGCGUAUCGGCUUUACACAUGAAAGUUCUCUUGAAUGGUGAAUCAAUGAAUAUGAUGCAUAAAGCCAGCAAUGGCAGUAACUCCCUUCAAGGAUAUGGCAUAAAGUUUGCUGAAUCCACAAAUAGUUUACCGACUAAAUUAAUUGAAACGGCAAGGAGCAUGGCAAUUGAGCUAAGAUCAUCAAGUGGAAAUCAAGACCGUGAAACGAUUCUUACAGAGACCAAGAAAAGAAAGUUGAUUUUGGAAUUGUUUUAUGCAAUGAAGAAAAUAAAUGAAAAUAUGAAUGACAAAACGUUAGUUAUGGUUUUGAAAACACUUCAAGAUAAAUCUGUAGAGGAGAUCACCAAAACAACAAUUGAAGUUAGUUUUUUGAACCAACAUUGA